AUGGGUAAAGUGAAAAAACUAAAACCGUCACAGGUUGGAAAAAAUGUCGCUCUUGCAGACCAGAUAGAAGCAUCUAAUACUGUUAAAAAUAAAAACAGAUUAAAGGGAAGAAAUAGACAUGAGGAUGACGAAGAUUUUGUUACUGCAGAUUUAUCCAAGAAGAUUUUAAAAGCAGCACGAAAGCAACAAGUUGAACUUGGAGGUGGAUUACCAUCUUCCAGUGCAUCUCUCCCAAUAUCAUUUGAUGAUCCCACUUCUGAUAAUGAUGUAGAAUCCGAUCAUGAUGAUCUUGAACCAGACACUUAUUAUGAUAAUAUUGAGAUCAAUGAAGAAGAUGAAGAAGCUCUCAAAAUGUUCAUGUCUUCUAAUCCAGAAAAAACUCGAACUCUGGCUGAUAUAAUUAAGGACAAAAUAACAGAUAAGCAUACAGAACUCCACACUCAAUUUUCAGAUAUAGAAACUUUGAAAUUACAGAAUAUUGAUCCAAGAAUAAGAGAUAUGUAUCAAGGAGUCAGAAAUGUUUUACAAAAGUAUAGAUCAGGAAAAUUACCUAAGGCAUUUAAAAUGAUACCUCAUCUACAAAAUUGGGAACAGAUAUUGUAUAUUACCGAACCCACAACGUGGUCUGCAGCAGCUAUGUACCAGGCGACACGAAUUUUUGCUUCUAAUUUAAAGGAGAAAAUGGCACAAAGAUUUUACAACUUAGUAUUGUUACCCAGAGUUAGGGAUGAUCUGGCGGAAUACAAAAGAUUAAAUUUUCAUCUGUACCAAGCUCUUAGAAAAGCAUUAUUCAAACCAGGUGCAUUUAUGAAGGGUAUAUUAUUGCCUUUGCUAGAAGCUGGUGACUGUACAUUGCGGGAGGCUAUUAUUGUUGGUUCAGUUUUAGCUCGUAACUCAGUUCCAGUACUUCAUUCAAGUGCAGCACUUCUUAAGAUUGCAGAAAUGGACUAUACUGGGGCAAAUUCUAUAUUCUUAAGGAUUUUAUUUGACAAAAAGUAUGCUCUUCCUUAUAGAGUGGUAGAUUCAGUUGUAUUUCACUUCUUAAGAUUCCAAAAUGAGCCAAGAAUGUUACCUGUGUUAUGGCACCAGGCACUUCUUACUUUUGUACAACGUUAUAAAGCAGAUAUUUCUUCAGAACAAAGAGAUGCUCUUUUAGAACUUCUAAGAAAACAGUCACAUCCAACAAUAACUCAAGAAAUACGAAGAGAAUUACAAGCGGCUAAAUGCAGAGAUUUAGAGAUCAAUGAGUCAAUACCGAAUUGUAUGGCUGUGGAA